GUGUGUUGGGGGCGUGUACAAAUCUUGCGAUGUAAACAAGAACGCAAAAGACAGGUCUAACAGUGUUCACACCACCACGGGCAUUUCUAGAGCGUCACAUCCCGCAUCAAGCAUUAGUUGAUUCUGGCUAACAGCUAUGAACCUCCCCGUCACUGUCAAAGUGAACUUUAGGGGCAACGUGAAGAAAUUUCCAGUCUUGGACACGAACAAAGCACAGUGGGAGACUGUGGAGGCCUGGAUAAAAACUACAUUCGGCCUGAUCCAUUUUCAAGUGAAAUAUUUUGACGAGGACAACGAGGAGGUGUGCAUAAACUGUCAAGAUGAAUAUACAGAAGCUCUAAAGACUGCAUUUAAGCAGGCCAACCAGCUACACAUGAAUGUCUAUAAGAUGAAGGGUCAGGCGGAGGGUGGUGCAGUGAAGGCAGAGCUGAAAGAACUAAAGAUAGAUCCUAGACCAGCUCCGCCGUAUCGAGCAAGGGUCAAGAUGGCAGACAAGGAGACCCAGGUGACCCCCGAGCGGGACUCGGUUGUGGCCAAAGAAAACAAAGGGAUGAAAACCGAUGAGGAAGCAGUACCAGCAUGGUUUAAAUCCUACAUGGACAGGUUCAAAGAUCAGGUUGUAAGGGAGGUGGUGGACAGGAUGUGUAGUGAGUUUUCUGCCCAGUGUUGCACACACAGAGCCUCAGAUCCUCCUGCAGAGGAACCGAGCACCUCUGGCACACAGAAAGCUACAAGCUCCACCACACUAAGGGCCUCUAGUUCAACUCUAAAUUGCAGUAGUUGCAAAGGACCAGCCACUGGAGGAGGAUAUCAGUGCAGCGUUUGUCCAUCAUGCAUCUUAUGUGAGCCAUGUAGUCAUAAACACGAUCCCAGCCACAACCUAAAGAGAACAAGGACUCCUUUGUCUGUUCCUGAACGUGGAGUCACUCCGGAACCCAGGUUUCUGAGGCGGGGUGACAGGACGGUGCGUAAGGCAGAGAGACAGCGGCUGAAAGCUGAGCGGAGGCAGCUGAAGGCCGAGGUGAAGGAGAUCAAGAAGAAGCUGAGGCUGGAGAAGAGAGGUCUGCUGUGGAGUGGAGCCUCCAAUGGGACCGGCAGCUCAGGCCUUGCCCCCGCUCCCGCCACAUCUCUAGGCCCAGGACCAGCCCCAGCUCCGGCCCUGUGCCCAGACCCUCAAACAUCCAGUCCAGACUUCAAGGAAAAGACAGACACUGAACAAAGCUGUUCUGACGAUCCUCUGUGCACUCAAACCAGGGGUCCCAAGGUCUCCUGCUCCACCUUGGUGCCCACAAUGACUGCCUUGUUUCUGGAUGAGAAUCUACCAGAUGGCACUUGUCUGGAGCCAGGCACCAAGUUCAUCAAGUACUGGAAGAUGAGGAACACUGGCAACAUCAGCUGGACUUCGGAUACCAAGUUGAAGUUUAUGUGGGGCAACCUGACCCUGGGCUCACGGGAGCAAAAAGAAGUCGCGGUGCCCUUUCUGCAGCCAGGUCAGAUUGGUGUGGUGAGUGUGGCAUUUGUGGCGCCUCUGCUGGAAGGCACCUACACAUCUCACUGGCGCCUGGCACACUGCGGGGUGCAGUUUGGGCCCAGAGUGUGGUGCAGCAUUAUAGUGAUGGCAAAUGCAGAGCGGAAACCCACCCAUUGCAGCAAAUCACUGAGGACCGAUCUUUGUCUUAUGAGGAAAGAUGGCGUGUUCUGGUCAGGCACCAGAGAUUGUGAGGUGUCUACCAGAUCUCGGAGAGAAUACUACAUCCCCUCUGUGGACUUAUUGACGGCACAGGAUCUGUUGUCUUUUGAGUUACUGGAUAUAAACAUUGUGCAAGAAUUGGAGAAAGUCCCAGCCAACACUCCAGCUGAUAUGACCCCCUGCGUAUCUUCACCGCUUCAUCAUGGACCCUUGUUUGGAAAGCCUGGCACAGGGCUAAGCAAAGUCGAGGCUGCACAUUCAGGCAGGAAAAAAAGUCAAGUGUUGCAGCCUCCGAGACAGAAUGAACUUCUGGACAUUCCCGGCAAUGAGGAAGGAGAUGAAGACAUCAGUGGGACCCAGUUUGUGUGCGAGACUGUGAUUCGUUCUCUUACUCUUGAGGAACCAGAGCGCAAGCCUAAACGCAGGGCUUGGCCCAACCUGAAGAGGCAUGAUGUUCACGACACUGCUAGAUUUCAGGAGAGAUCAUUACUGGUGAAGAACGACAGACCUUUGACAAUCAUAAACAGCCCUGAGGCUCCAGUCCCAGUGCCAAAGCCAGUUAAAACAGAGGAAACUGUCAUGCCAGUCUUUUCGGAAGCAUUGAUUGGCUCAAAUGAAAACCUCUAUACGGACCCUGCUGCACAGGAUGAGAAUGAAGAGGAAGUGGAACAAAAGGGACAUGAAAAUGAUCAAGAAAAAGACGAAGAAGCAGGAGAGUGGGAUGAGGUGAGCAGUCAGGUGUCCUCUGCCUCAUCAGAGGACUACAUUGUCAUCCUGCCUGACUGCUUCGAUACUUCCAGGCCCCUGGGAGAAUCGAUGUAUAGCUCAGCAAUGUCCCAGCCUGCAGUCCCUCUUGCCAAAGAGCCAGAGGCACCGCAAAUCCCAAGCAAGGCUGAAGGAGAGAACGAGGAGCCCAUCCCUGUUCCAGCUCUUCAAAACAGCCUGAACCAGAUGCUCUGCACCUCUCAGAUACUGGACACUCCUCCACUAAUUCCAGAGACGGUUCCUUCGCCCAUAGCUCUAUCGCCACCCCCAUCUCUUCGAACACACAGAUCAGGGAAAUCUCAUGAUCUUGAGUCAGGACCAGGGGCCUCUGAAGACAACACCUCAUAUCAACUUGACGAUGACUCAAGUGGUGGGUUUCCACGUCUCGUGUCAGUUGUCAGAAGAAAAAAAAAUUGUUGCAGAUCAGCUCAUUUAGAGGCCCCUGUUAGUGCCUUUGAGACCUGCGGCUCCCAGGAUCUCAGGGCACAUCAUGGUGGUCUGACAGAGGGGCUGGUGAAGGGAGCGCUCUCUGUGGCUGCCUCUGCUUAUAAAGCACUCUUUACAGGCCAGAACACACCUGCACAGCGGCCUGCUGUUGACCCAGCCUGUGAGGAUGCCUCCAUGAUGGCUGUAUUACAGGAGAUGGGUUUCAGUAACAAGCCGCUCAAUCAGAGGUUGCUGAGGAAGCAUAACUAUAAUUUGCUUGAUGUGGUCAACGAGCUGGUGCAGUUGACUGACAGCGAAUGGCACAUCUCUAGACACUAGGAAGCACAGCGCAACCUCAAUAAAGUAUACGAAUUGUAAAUGGUUUCAUCAUGUUGCAGCAUUCUGUCAGAACGGGAGUGAGGUGAUGGUAAAAUAUUGAAAUGAUCUCUGAUGUUCUUUUGUUAGAGAAAUAGUUUGGACUCUAGAAAAAAAGAGAAAUGUAUCACUAUAACAGACCAUAGCUGCAAUGAUGCAAUUACUUGAUUGUACAAUUUUAGUUUCAUGUUUAUAUAGGACAUUAUGAAUGAGGAAACAACAAAGUUUAAUAAGCAGUCUUAAUGCUUUCUUUCUUCGGUGUGUGUGCCCAACUUACACGUACAGACUGCUGUUAGUUACGCUUCAGGUAUAUUUUGUACUGCUUGAUUAGAUACAAGGAUAAAUUGGAGACAAUGUCUAGAGCACUUUGGAUGCCUCUCAGAGGAAAGAUAUAAAAAGAAAAGCCUGUAUUGAUUUUUUUUUUUUUGUCACAGUGACCUCUAUAUUUGUAUAUCUUAUUUUAAAUCACACUAAUUCAUAUGGCACACUAAGGUGUUGGGCUGCCAAACAUAGGAAUGUGCAAUGAGUGUUUUAGUCAUGCUUGAUUGAGUCAUAGUGAUUGAUUGGUCAAAGUUUUUGCUAGGCACCAGUUUUGGUCAUUUUUUUUUAUGUGCAAUGUGUUACUAUGAACUGAAGGCUUAUCAACAUGGCGUUUUGUGUCCAGCAUAGUGAAUAAAAAAAAAAACAUUCCAUUUA